CAGAAACAGUAAUUACUUGUACUGUUAUCAUAAGGAUUUCCGAAGUCAGUGACUGUCAAUAGGGGGCAAGCAGAAACAAUUGAAAGAGGAAUUAGUAUUGCUGUAUAAAAAAGGACGGCAACCUGAAGAAAAAGCAGAUCUACUAAAAAAAAGUCCGGUUCUGGAAAAGACAUAAUUUCAAGCAGCACUAAUUACUUCCUGUUUAAACAAAAUGGACUUUUGGACCAAGUCGGUUUGCUGUGGUGCGUGUAUAUUUCUCACCCUACUGACACUAAUGGUUAUGUCUACAGAGAGCCUACCAACACACGACAGGCCUGGAACGAUACAGGAGAACAUUUUCAAUCGAGAGAGGCGAUCCGCUGUGGACAGAGAACUUGCAUCGGAACUCUUCACUCGUGGAGAUUUGAAUGAUGAUAACCUUCUUUCGUCAUCAGAAAUAACCAUUUUCUAUGAAAACGUCAUUGGCUUCCCGCCAAAUCUCGCGACAUUUAUGGCAACGGGAUUCAUGAGGAACGGGGACAACAAUGGCGAUCAUCAACUCAACUUUGACGAGACAAUGGAUGCUAUCCGGAUGAUAGAGGGGUGAUGCGCGGGAGAAACUGUCACGUGACUCGUUGGAAAAUUUGUUACGUGGUCCGUGGGAGAAAUCGUCAGGUGUUGGGUGGAAGCAAACGUCACGUGACGCGCAGGAACACUGUGGAACAGUAAUAUGUUGACGUCAUGGUUUUUAAUGGAAACAAAACAUCGAGAGCAUUACGGUUGUCGAGAUAUCUGAAUUAAAAUAUGUCUAAAUACAAUGCCAUGGAAUCGAUAACUGACUUAGAGAAAGAGAUUGGAGUUAGAAAAGUGAGCAAAAACAGAGAAACGCAAACUGAUUGAUAAUGCCUUAAAAUUGUUUGACGGCAAUUUAUUCUGAAAUUACUAGUUUGGUAUAGACAUUCAAACUUGUUAACAUCGCGUACUAUGUUCAGCGACCUCCCUUGUCUUUUACGGAUGUAGCUAUUUCUCUGAAAAACUUUAAAAGAUUUAAGAGUGCAUGAAGACACCUCAAGUGCCAUUUCUAUACGUUUUAAGUUUUACUCGUUACCGCCCCGGUAAGUUCAGAAUUUAUCCUCUAACCCACUCUGACCUUGAAAAGGCUCCGGACCUCCAUUGUUGAUGACCAGUCGACUGUCGCUUACAGUUAAUGAAAGGAACUUUUAUAAUUGAUAAAGAUUUUGCUGGACUGUGAAUUUCAAGCGAAGCCAUGCGUAUCAUAUGUGCUGUUGUUAAUAUGUGACACUGUAUGAAAUAAAUUUUGUUUUAUUUU